AUGCCCAGUGCCGCCAAACGACUGCGAGUAGGCAUUUCAGGAGCCGGUAUCGGCGGCCUCACUCUAGCCCUAACACUGUCCCAAUAUCCUGAUAUCGAUGUCGACCUCUUCGAAGCAAGCAAGUCCCUGCAAGAAGUCGGUGCCGGAGUGGCAGUAUUCCCUCGGCCAUGGAAGAUCCUCCGACUGCUUGGUGUCGACCAGGAGCUGUUGAAAACGUGCGAUGUAAAGCCGAAGGAAGGUCCAGGUCAGGCUACACGAAGUCCAAUGCCGCAGGCUAAAGUUUAUCAGUGCCUUCAAUCCAGUAUCGCAAAAGCAAUCAGCCUGUGGGCCUACCGUUUUCGACGCUCGUCACCAAUGGCACGUUCUAUGAUUACCUUGCAUCGCGCCGAGUUCCAAUCUGCGCUGCUUGGACGCCUGCCGAAGACAUGUCGAAUACACUACUCGAAACGCCUCCGAAGCUUCGAUCAGCAACAAUCUGGGCCCAUCGAGCUUGCCUUCGAAGAUGGGUCCAGGGCUACCUGUGACGUCCUAGUUGGAGCGGACGGGCUGAAAUCCGCAACGAGGGCAGCGCUGCUCACAGAGCGCGUUAGCUGGAUGCAAAGCCAAGGGCGCCCCGAUGAGGCUGCUGACGCGGCCGAGUGUAUCGAGCCGUGGUGGAGCGGCCAAAUCGCUUACCGCGCCGUGAUCCCUGCAGAACGCCUGCGGAAAGUCUCGCCCGGACACCCCGCUCUCACCCAGCCGCUCCAGUACUUGGGCAAGCGCGGGUUCGUCAUGGCAUAUCCGAUAUCACAAGGGAAGAUGGUCAACUUUGCCGCCUUCACGAUGCGACAUGACUUGGAAAACACCAAGUAUGAUGCACCGUGGAUGGGCCCUGCGGACAAGUCGCACUUUGCUGGUCUAUUCGCCGACUGGGAGCCCGACGUGCAAGCCCUCGUUCACUGUGUCGAGAACCCCCUCUCGUGGGCCGUACAUACCGUGAAACCGCUGCGCUCGUUUGUCUGUGGCCGCGUCGUUCUCAUAGGCGACGCCGCUCACGCGAUGACCCCACAACAAGGGUCAGGUGCGGGUCAGGCUUUGGAAGACGCCUAUAUUCUCGGCUUGCUCCUUGGACACUCGUCCACAAAUAUUCACACUCUCGGCCGCUCUCUCAAUGCGUUCGAUCAAGUUCGACGGCCGCGCGCACAGCAAGUUGCGCGAGUGUCCCGGCUGGCCGCGCGUUACUUCACGUUUGAGAUCGACGGCGUGGGUGUCGAUUUCUCCGCCGACUUUGGCCAUCCUGCGGCGGGCUCCAACCCAGUCGGGUGGGAGACUUUGCAGCGGCUGCACCACGAAGUAGUGAAGAACUGGGAGUGGGCAUGGAAUACCUCGGUGGACGAAUCCAUUCAAGAGGCUCUGAGUAUGCUGUAG